UUUGUUUUUUUGUCGAACGGAUUACUCAUUCAAUACUUGAAAUUUGUUCGUAUUCUAUAGGAAUGUGAUUAUAUUAUACUCUUAAAGUUUUCGUCGAAAAGAAAAGUAUUAAAAUGAAAUUUUGUUUAGUAUGAAAAAAUUCAGAAUGGAGGUGUUAACAAACGAAGAAUAUUAAGAAAACAUUAAAUUAGCAUAUUGCUGAAUUCGUGUAAAGAUGAUCAUUUCAAAUGGAAAAGUUUCAUGUGCUACUGAAAACUAUUGGAUAAAAAGUGGCCAGCCUAUUAAACCAGUAAUGUAAAUCAAUCAAUGGAAUUUUAUACUUUCCUGACGGUGGUGUGGGCAAUGAUCGAGAGAGGCCGCACGCGCAGUGGAAAAAAAGAUGGCCGGCCGCUUAUCUGUUCGGAAGCGAGCGCAGAUUGCUGCAUGCUAUGAAGUGAAAAUCAGUUGCUGUGUAGCGGUGUACGGCGUACGGUCAUGCCACCAUCCGUCCGAAAACAAUCAAGAAUUAUUAUUCCAAGCUAAGGACCACAGGUUCGGUUGAGGACGCACAGAGAAGUGACCGUCCAUCCACAUCCCAAUCCCAGGUCGUUUGAGGAAGUGGGUGGAUUGCACUAAAUUUUAAGUAUUCAUCCAUAUUUCAAUUUAACAAGACAUAAAGCCCAUGAAUAUAAACAGAAGAAUAAUGUUAGAUUCAGAGGAUGAAAAUAAUUCCGCUAAGAAGAAUAAAUUAACGAAUCGAAAAAAGAGAAGAAGAAUUAUAGAGGUAGAAUCUUCAUCAGAUGAAGAUAUUGUUAUUGAGAACUUGGAUUAUGCGAAACAAAACAAAGAAAAAUAUUUGCAACAAAUAAACAAAAUUAAGCGAAAUAAUGGACAAAAAUACUAUACAAAAAGAGGAAAAUUCAUUCCUGCAAAACAAUUUGAAUCCAAAAAUUGUAAUUGCUCGCAGAAAUGUAUAGAACGUAUUAAUGAAGCACAACGUAUGGAAAUUUUUGAUAAGUUCUGGAAUAUAGGUGAUUUUAAUAAACAAAAUGUAUUUUUAUAUGGUAGUGUUCAACGAAAAUCUGUAAAUAGAAGACGGCCUAGAAAUAAUUCGGGCACUAAAAGAGCAUAUGCUUAUAAAUUUUACCUAGUCACUUCUGGUGGAAACAUUUUAGUAUGUAAGAAGUGUUUCAUUAAUACUUUCCAAAUAUCUACUGGACGAAUUGAUCGUAUCCUAAAAUCGCAUGAGAACAUUCCGAAUGACAUGCGUGGAAAAAUGGAUGGCUCUUGCAGAAGAACUAGUGAGCUACUGACGAAUACAGUGAUAGACCACAUAAAAAGCUUUCCGGCAUUUGAAAGUCAUUACACACGAUCGCAAAAUCCAGAACGAAUGUUUUUAAAUCCGGAAUUAAAUAUAAGAAAAAUGUAUAGUUUAUAUUUGGAAAAAUGCAAGGAAAACAACUUGAGCUCAGUUAAUGAAUGGACAUACAGGAAAAUCUUUAAACGAGAUUUUAAGUUACGCUUCCAUUUGCCACGUAAAGAUACCUGUGCGAAAUGCGAUUUCCUAAACAUGAAAAUUAAGACUAUAACUGAUGACGACGAAAAAACGAUUCUUGUAGAAAGACAUGAUAUUCACUUGCAAAAUGCUGAAUUAUCAAGAAAAGCAUUACAAGAGGAUAAAAUUCUAGCAUCGGGAAAUCCUGAUAAAUACUUUGCUUUCACUUUUGAUUUACAAAAAGCCUUACCAUACCCGAAAUUGUCUGUCUCAAUCGCAUAUUACAAACGAAAUAUGUACGUCUUAAACGAGGGUUUUCACAAUUUACACAAUAAUAACGUUAAUAUGUAUGUGUGGGACGAAACCAUUGCGUCUAGGGGAUCGCAAGAGGUGGCUUCAUGCUGUUUGAAGCACUUAGAAAAUGUAACGACCCAAAGCCAUGUUAUUGCCUACAGUGACAUGUGUACUGGGCAAAAUCGAAAUUUACAAAUGGCAUUGAUGUGGUUGAAGGUUGUCCAGUCGAAAAACAACAUUGAGAUAAUUGACCACAAAUUUUUACUCUCGGGGCAUUCAUACCUUCCGAACGAUGCAGAUUUUGGCAUCAUAGAAAUGGCAUUGAGAAAAAUGAAUUUUGUGUACACUCCACAAGAUUACUAUAAUGUAAUAGCGCAAUGUAGAAAACAGGAUAAAUUCAUUUUACAUGAAAUGAAACGGGAGAAUUUCAUUUCAACAAAAAAUCUCCAAAAUGCAAUUAAAAAACAGAUAAAAAAAAUACUAAUGGGGAACAGGUCAAUUGGUUGCAAAUAUGUUGGUUGAGGUUUCUCAAAAGUGCACCAUAUACCAUUUUUUAUAAAACACCGAUGAAGGACGCAGAAUUUAAAAUUAUCAAUUUAUUACCUCUACGUCCUGGAAGACCUUUAAAUUUUGAAAAAAUAGCCCUGGAGCCUUUGUACCAAAAUGCCAGACCUAUUACGUACGAAAAAUAUAAAGACAUGAAGCAGCUACUACCCUAUAUACCUCCGGUGCAUCAUGCAUAUUUUGAAACACUACCACAUGCAGAGAAUAAGUAAAUUCUUGUAAUCAGUAUCU